AACGAGUUCUCCUUGAAAUCAAGCCGGCCAAAAGUAUGUCAGAACCGCCUGCAGUCUGUUUGGCUGAGCAGUUCAAGCACUACGUAUUGGAAGGUGGAUUACAAUUAUCAGAGGAUUCAGAUACAAUUUUAGAAGUAGACGAAGCAAGUAUCGAAAUAACACCGGAGCACAAGCCUGAAGAUGGACUUCCAUUUGUGAGCUUUAGUAGAGAAGAGGUGUUCGUUUCCGACAGCGAGUCAGUCAUCUUGCAAACAUAUAUUAUCUCGUCACCACCUGCUUCGUCAAUCGAGUGGUUUAAGGUAAAAGAUGACGAUAUCCAGAGUGAAAUAGAAGUAGACAACAAGAAAUACUAUGGAGGCUCUGAAAUAGCUCCCUCUCUAAUCAUCCGAAACGUCGGUGUUGAUGAUGAAGGAUGGUAUGUUUGCCGGGCUACAAAUACCAAAGGAACUGGAUCCAGCAACAGAACGUUCGUUCGGAUAAACAAUG